AUGGGUGAUAAUAAUAAACCACCGGGUUUUGAAAAUUUUAAAGGAAAAAUAUUUUUUUAUGAACGAGAUCGUAAUGAAUAUUUUCAUAAAUCUUAUCAAUAUGCAAAAAGUUCAUUUCGUAAGAUCAAAGAUAUGAAUCCCAAAUUUGUACUGUAUCCGGAAGCAACAGAUGAUGAUGAUUUUGAUGAUAUUAAUAUAGCGUUACAAUACGCUCAAACAAAUAAAUUGAAAAUUGCUAUUCGUACAGGUGGGCAUCAAUAUUGCGGUGCGUCUUCUACCGGUCGUACAAACAUACAAUUAGAUUUAUCUAAUACGUAUAAGAAGUUUGAGUGGAAUGAUGAUAAAACUAUAUUAGAAGUUGGAAUUAGUUACUCAUUGGAUGAUUUUGCGAAAAAAUUAAAAAAUGAAGGACGGUUCUUACCGUCAGGUCAAUGUGAAUAUGUAGGGUUGGGAGGACAUGUACAAACUGGUGGUUAUGGACAACUCGCGAGGGGAUUCGGUCUUUUAAUAGAUUAUGUUACGGAUAUUAGGAUUAUAUCAUAUGACGAAACUGAAUUAAAAUAUACAGCAAAAUGGAUUAAAAAAGGUGACGAAUUAUUUCGUGCUGUCAUUGGUGGUAGUCCGGGUAAUUUCGGUGUAAUUACGCACGUUAAGUUUAUGGUUUUAAAGGAUGACGAUUAUCCAAACUCUCGUGGAUUUUUUGCAGUUUGCAAAUACAACCCUGAAAAUUUUAAAAAAUUCUUGGAUAUAAUGUUAGAAACCGUCGACGAAGAUGAUUUUGAUUAUUGUAUUACAUUCUUAUCCGACACAGGUAUAGAAGAUAGUGAACAUGCCGUAAAUAAUGAUCCAUCAUAUGACGAAACAUAUAAUCAACAAACAUAUUAUGAAAAUGUUAUUUGGCCAGCUAUUAUCAUCAUACACGCUUAUCAUUAUCAUCGAGAAUACGACGAACAAAAGUCUCCAAUCAGUAAAAUAAAAGCUGUUACAAAAGAAUGGAAAAUUACAACAGACACAGACAAGCAUGCUCCAGUUUCACAGUUAGUUAACAAUUGGAUUUUUCUUGUCAGAAGAGAAUUUCAAUUACAGUAUAUAAAGCGCGGGUAUAAUUCCGAAUGGGAGGCAAAGAAGUUGGUCGAUACUGAUUGGUCCGCUUGGGUUACUAAUCGUAUUAACUUAGCAAUAUGUGAUGGAUUGAAAGUUUCAGCUCAAUUCAAAUACUUUGGUGGUAAAAAUUCCGAAUUUUAUAAGAAAGGUAUAGAAAACCAGGAUAAAACAUCUAUUAGUUGGCGAGAGAUGAAUUUUUCAUUUACAUUUGACGUAUUUUUCGAAAAAGAGAGAUUUCAAUUAGCAAGCGAGUGGCAAAGAGAAAAUGAUAAAUGUAUUUCAGUGACUAAUCCUAUAUUCAGUGAUAAAGAUAUUCGUUUGUUAUGGGCUUCUUAUGACUUAAGUCUCGAUUAUUUUCAUGAUCGUUAUUAUGAAACUGAAGCCAAAUAUAAAAAUUUAUGUGAAUUAAGAAAGAAAUAUGAUCCCGAUGAAAUUUUUAUUCCUAAUCAUUUCUGUGUUGGUGUAAAGAAUGAAGCGCCAAAAGAACUUUUAAAAGCUAUAUUAGACAAUAAUGGUGACAAAUUCGACAAAAUGCCAAAGCUAGGUACUCCAAUUUGGGAUACAUGUCAUAUCAAGGCAUUUAAAAUUAAAAAAUUAAUUGAAGCACUACCUACAAUUGAAAUUUUAAAAGCAAGAAGACCUGACAUAUAUGAUAAAAUUGGUUAUGUUGUGUUUGCAACAAUGAAAAGGAAAAUUUUAAUCAUAUCUGGUUAU